AUGAAACAAUUUCCUUCACAUGGCCUUAGUGUUUCUAGUUUGCGUGGCCAAGGUUACGAUGGAUUAAUUCUUGUGGCAAUAGCAAGGGAACACCCUCCAAUUUCAUCACUUUUUGACUUAGUCUCUCUCAUAGUGAAUGUGGUUGGGGCAUCAUGCAAGCGUCGUGAUAUGAUUCCAGAAAAUCAAACAAUAAGAAUUAUUGAAACUUUAAGUAGUGGUGAGAUUUCUAGUGGGAGGGGCCUCUAUCAAGAAAGUAUUAUUAGGGGGGCUAGUGACACACGUUGGGAUUCACAUUAUGGUACUUUAUUGAGCUUGAUAAGUUUGUUCUCAUCUGUGAUGGACGUGCUUGAUGCAGUAGUAGAGGAUGGUGCUACAUCUGAUAAAAAAGGCCAUGCCUUUAACUUAUCAAAAGUUAUGCAAUCUUUUGAGUUUGUGUUUAACUUGCACCUAAUGAGAAUUUUGUUAGGAAUCACAAAUGAUUUGUCGCAGGAAUUACAGAGGAAAGACCAAGAUAUAGUAAAUGCCAUGACAUUGGUUCGAAUAUCCAAAGAACGACUUCAAUUAAUGAGAAAUGAAGGAUGUACCUUCUUGAUAAAUGAAGUCUCAUCUUUUUAUGGUAAAAAUAACAUUGAAGUUCCUAAUAUGGAUGAUGUGUACUUACCUCAAGGAAGAUCUAGGCGGAGAGCUCAUGGAGAUGCAAAUCUUCAUCACUACCGAAAUGACACAUUUAACAUGUUGAUUCGCCUUGCCCAAUUUUAUCCAAAGGACUUCUCUGAUAUUGAGCUUUUGUCACUUGCAGAUCAACUUGAAAGUUUUGUUAUUGAUGUGUGCUCUAGCAUUGAUUUCUCAAAAAUUAAAGGAAUUAGUGAUCUUGCUCAGCAAAUGAUUGAUACUAAAAGACAUAAUUUAUACACACUGGUUUAUAGACUUUUGAGUUUGGCAUUGAUUCUACCAAUCGCAACUGCUACAGUAGAGAGAACUUUUUCUGCCAUGAAGAUUGUCAAGAAUCGACUUUAG